AUGAAUCAAAGAUAUAUGUCUGACCAGUUCUCUGGAUCUGAAUUCUUCAUGGACUAUAAAGGGUGUCUGUAUUAUAUAUCCUCCUAUCCUUAUUCAUGCUGGCUUGUUCCCCUAACUAUCUCUCCUUUUUAUAGAAUGGACCCAUUAGUUAUUUAUGCUAUUACCGCUGGUAGUAUUUUUACUGUUCUUUUAUUAAUCCGGACCAUCUCUCUCCUUGCUGGGUAUGGAUAUUUGUUUUCCCUCAUUAUGUCUCAACAUCUGACGCUACUCUUUGUUAUUUAUAGGCAUUGGUUCUUAGGUCCAUGGACCAGAGCCGGUGUGUUUCUUCAUUUAUUAUAUACUAUAAUCAACAUCUUUCUUCUCUUCUUCAGAAUCAAGUUGUUGACUAGUGCUGGCCGCCGGGCUGGUGAGUUGGCUCUGGUGAACUUGAUUUUCCCUUUAUCAACUAUCCACCUAGCCUACCUGGCGGACCUCCUUAGUAUCAAAUGGAAUACUUGCCGGAAGAUUCAUCAGGCUACUGGCUGGAUGGCUAUUGCCCUGCUAUCAUUCCACAUUAUUACGGCAGUCCAGGGCCAGGGCUUUACGUUUCCACUCCACGAACAGCAAAAUCUUUUUACUAUGCUUGCUGCAAUCUCACUGGGUGCCCUUGCUCUGCAUUCAAUUCCAUGGACCUGGCAGCAUCUUCUAUUGCAGAGCGCCUCUUCAAAAAUAUAUCUCUUUAUUACUGUGGGAACUUUUGUGCUGACCUUCCUAUUAGAGCUAAUAACUCUUCUAUAUAAUAAUGGUCUCUUUGCAGGUAAUAGCACCCUCAGGGCUAUCAUGUCAUUCAGCGCGAUGGAAUCUAAAGAAGGCCUGGUGGUCAACGCGGUCUAUAUUCGCGUUCUAUUGCCUCGGCGGGUCAAAGUACAGGCUGGACAGUAUAUCAAUCUCUGGAUGCCCGCCGUCAGCCUAUAUUCAUGGAUGCAGACUCAUCCUUUUAUGGUUAUGUCGUGGUCCAAAGACAAGCAAGAUACAGUAGAGCUUCUAGUAAAGCCAUGCAGUAGUUUCACGGCAGGCCUACUUUACCAUGCCCCUGCUGCUGCAGGAAGCUUAGUCUCUUUCCUGGCUUUGUUUACUAGCCCUCAUGGAGUAAGUGAGAAAGUUAGUAAUUAUAAGAGUAUUCUGCUGCUGGCUAGCGGAUCUGGGAUUGCUAUAGCCAUUCCAUACUUAAAGAAAAUGAUCUACGGUUAUAACACAUGCACCUCCCAGGUUCGUUGGCUACACUUAGUAUGGCAGGUAGAAUCUGUUGAUAAGAUGACCCCUGUGUUAUCUCUAAUCAAUAACCUCCUGAAGGAUGAUAUCAUGGAUAACAGCUAUAUACUGUAUAUCUCAAUUUACAUCCAUGACAGCAUUAAGCAGAAUAGAUUACCAUUUAGCCGCCAUAAGCGAGUUUAUAUUUACCAGGAAGUAUCUGGUAACCAGGUUAAGAGACUGCCCAACACUUGGGAUCAGCAAGGUCGGACAUUAGUGAUGGGUGAAGUUCCAAAUUUCCCAUGCAAAAUACGUGCUGACCGUCCUGGCUAGUCUCUGCAACAGACGACCUUCGGGAUGACAUACGGAAGGUUGUACGAGCGUGUCUGCACCAGGGUGUACAGCUUUCAGAGUUGGAGUAUCAGCCCAGCACCGAUUAAGGCCAAAUGCCGAGUUGGGCCGAGAAAGUUGAGGGCACUCGCGGGUCGACCGAAACUGAAGGCCUUUUUGCACAGUAAAUGCCUGAGGUUUUUAUUUUGCUGCAAAAA